UGAGCGCUCGUGAUGAUAACGUCACAAGACUGCGACUGAUCUGGCGGCGCAACCCAGUGACGUCAAGGCAGCAUGGCGGGCAGCGGGCGUCGGCCCGAGCACCGCGGGCCGCCUGAGCUGUUCUACGAUGAGGCUGAGGCGCGCAAGUACACACACAAUUCGCGGGUGGUGGAGAUCCAGUCGCAGAUGUCGGAGCGGGCGGUGGAGCUGCUGGGGCUGCCUGAGGACCGGCCAUGCCUCCUCCUGGAUGUGGGGUGCGGCUCCGGGUUGAGCGGGGAUUACGUCUCUGAGGAGGGUCACUACUGGAUCGGCAUGGACAUCAGCCGCGCCAUGCUGGAUGUGGCUGUGGAGAGGGAGGUGGAAGGAGACCUUCUCCUUGCGGACGUGGGGCAUGGCAUUCCUUUCAGGGCUGGCAUGUUUGACGGCUGUAUCAGUAUCUCUGCAGUUCAGUGGCUUUGUAAUGCUGAUAAGAAAUCACACAGCCCUCCGAAACGCCUUUAUCGAUUCUUCUCGACUCUUUAUACUGCCUUGGCCCGCGGAUCCCGAGCCGUCCUGCAGCUGUACCCUGAGAACUCGGAACAGCUGGAGCUCAUCACAGCACAAGCCAUGAGAGCUGGCUUUACCGGGGGAAUGGUGGUAGAUUACCCCAACAGCGCCAAAGCCAAGAAGUUCUUCCUUUGUCUUUUUGUUGGCACAUCUGGCACAUUACCAAAGGGCCUCGGUACUGAGUGUGCUGAUGGAGAAGAGACACUCCAGGCCAAGUUCACCAAUGAGAGGUAUCGUGUGGUGAAGCUGCAACUCCUGUCCAGGCGAGGAGUGCUGGGGAUGACACGGUUCAGAAAUGCCAAGGGCAAGUCUGUGAAGAAAAGCCGGGACUGGAUCCUUGAGAAGAAGGAGCGUAGACGACGACAGGGCAAGGAAGUGCGAGCAGACACGAAAUACACUGGUCGCAAGCGCCGCCCUCGCUUCUGAAUCACUCUGGAUGCUGCUGGCAUGGAAGAUGGGGUGCUGGUCCCUCCAAUGAACCUCCUGUGAAUGGCACAGAUGGACACCUGAGGCUUUGGACUCACUAGGACAGGUCAUUGUGGCUCUUAGGCUGGCUCAGGUGCGCAACAGCCAACUGCACAGCUUCCAGCCCUGUUUUCCUGGCGAAGGCAGAGUUGCAGACAGUGCUGUGGCCACUUGGUGUCUGCAAUGCUAUUUGUUGUCUUCCUGAGAAUGCAGUGAGCCACCUGGAGUGCCAGGUGAGCCAGAAGAUUAUAUCCAGCCGCCUCACUAAAGAGUCAACGAGUCCAAAGUGUUGCUGGUCUCCUGUGUCCUGCUCUCAGUGCAGACGAGGACUGAGGUGGGAACAUAGCACCUAGGCCCCACCAGCUGCUUCUCCACCUGCAGGCGGGGAGUUGGGCAGUAUAAAGCCG